UUCUAUCCCAUAACAUCUCAAUGAUAUUUCUUCAUUUCAGUCAUCCGAUCUUUAUUCUAUGUGCAACAUCUUUAUCUAUUACUCGAGAGAAACAAGCCUAGAUAUCUGAAAUAUCGAUAUAUAGGCACCUCGGCUUCACUCUUUUUAUGAUGACUAAACUUGUCGUGCAUAUUUAUUCAUUGUUAGUUCUACUUAUCCUAAAACUCUUAUUCUCUAGAGUGAUUCUCCGUAGUUCAAGCUUUUAGGUGGCACCCUCAUUGAUUUCGUCAAUUAACACAAUAUCAUCAUCAAACAAAAUAUACCAGAGAACUCAUCUUGGACUGUGUUGGUUAACUCAUCCAUAACUAAGGUGUGGGGUUGGCCAUGUUGUUGCAAAAUCCACACCAGAGAGAUGCUGAAGCAGCAAGGGAAGCAUUAGAGCAGAAUGAGGUGGUGAAUAACAGAGCUUUAUUGGAGAUAUUCACUUGUAGAAAAUCUAGUCAUGUUGCUCUAAUACAACAUGCCUAUUUAACCAAGUUUAGACGCCAUUUGGAUCAUGACAUUUCCUCCAUUGAACCUCCUCAUCCAUGUCAAAAAAUACUAAUGGCAUUAUCAGCAUCACAUAAAGCACAUAGUACUGAUAUCAGCCAACACAUAGCCAAGUGUGAUGCAAGGAGAUUAUACCAAACAGGGCCCACUGUUAAUGAAGCUCUUGUCUUGGAGAUACUCAGCAAAAGAAGCAUUCCACAACUCAAACUCACCUUUUCUACCUAUAAACAUAUUUAUGGACAUAGCUAUGCUAAAUCUUUGAGAAAAGGGAAUCUUGGAGACUUUGAGGAAGCACUGGAAGCAGUAGUCAAAUACAUCUACAGCCCCACAAAAUAUUUUUCUCAGAUGUUGUAUGAAUGCUUAAAGGGUACAACAAGGGAUAAAAGAGCAUUGAUCAGAAUUAUGGUUAGUAGGCAAGCGGUUGACAUGGAAGAAAUUCAAGUGGCCUUCAACAAGAGACAUGGAGCAGAUUUGAAAAAUGCAAUUUGCCAAAAUAUUCCUCAAGGAGACUACAGAGAGUUUCUUGUGACAUUAGCUACCAAAGCCUCCAACAGAUCUAUCCCUACUUCCCUUUGAACCUUUUUUUCUCCACUAGAAAAUACGGAAAAGAUUAUGCAGUUAAACUAUAUGUAAACAAUGGAUACACCUCAUAUUCUGUGUACAAAUUGAGAUCCUUUGCUUUACUAUCCUUAUCCUUGUGGGAUAUAUUGUUCUCCUAUACUUGAAUAUUCGGUUAGCCAUUUAACCUACACAUGAUGCUGUGACAAA